AUGGUGACGCCGGAGGAGUACGAGUCACUGCCGCCUUCCAUACAAAAGAAGUACUUCUCUUCGGUCGAGCGAUUGCGCAUCGCCCAAAAGUCCGCUGCACACAAGCGCAAGAAGCAGCCAACAGAACGGCUGCCACAAAGCGAGCCAUGGCUGUCUCCUAGACCAUCAAUGGAGACUCUGGCGAGACCGCGAACAGCUCACAGCUUUCGACCAUCAGGAUUCUCUUCCUCACUCCCCGCUCGAACAACGCGUUCGGAGCGUUCGGAGGCUGACGUGGACGAGGAGCAAGCGCUCCGGUUCUUGGCUUUGCCUGACAAAGUCAAACGAUCUCACUUCACGCCAGAGGAGCUGGUGCUGCUGACAGAGAGCUCGGAGCGAGCAUUGGCCGCGGCAUCAGCUUCGGACGAAGGACCUUCCCGUCGCACCACCAUCGAUCGAAAGGGUAGCAUCGGUCUGGACAGCAACGGCAGUAUAGGCUCUUCGCUGUGCCGAUCAUCAGUGUCGGAGGGGAUGGCAGAGUACGUUGCGGCGAAGCAGUGGCUCGAGCUGGAUGCAGAAUCGAUUGGGAGCUUCGACUACCCCGAAGAGAUCGUGAAGAUCUACGCCAGGAAAGGCUCCAUCAGCUCGAUGCAUAGCCUGGCACCGACUGUUGCUUCGAGAACGGAUGCGAGAAAGAAAUCAUUCUCCCGAAAACAUGCAAUCAAGCUGGCCCCGAUACCUCUGCCGCCGCCAACACUCUUGCCCGCGGUACCACCACUUCCUUCCCCGACCACACUGAGUAAUCUCAACAAGCUUGUGCAGCCUCCCGGACCAAACCCGGCACCAACAGAGGCUGCUCCACCGACCAAGUACUACAAGGACUCGCAUGCCAGGCAGAAGCUGAGAGAGUACUUAGCAUCGCCCGAAAAGUUCGACGAAGCACUCGAAUUUGGCUUCCCUGGUGAACCAGGCCUGCCUUUGCGGUCCAGCUCUUUAGCAUCGCAUCUUGAAUGUCCCGCUGAAGAUGAGGAUGAAGGACUUUCGGCAGCUGACAGUAAAGAUGACGAGGAUGACGAAGCUGUGGCCGGCUCACCCAGGACACCAUCCGUCGUCCACGAGGCCUUCACCAGCAUCACAACGCCACACUCUUCCCUCGAUUCGGGAGUCGCGCUGCCCUACGCGCCAGGAAAAGCAAGUGCCCGCAGCAUGUCACCAACCUUCGAUGGCCGUGAGAUGACUCUCCGCAUGACCCUAACGAGGCCCGACCUUCGAGCUCCCGAAGAAGAGCUUUACGCUUUCCAGAGGAAGGAGGUUUCUGGUGUUGACAGCUCUGCCGACCCACUUGCCCUUGAGACACUGCCUGUCUGCAACGACCAUACCGGCGCACAUGGCGCCUUUGCAGUUCGACAAGCGUCGAGGGGAAGCUUCAAGCAGGUCUGGAAGAACAUACGCGGGAAGUCCUGA